AUGAGCGGCGCGCUGUAUGCGCAGCCGCCGCUGUCCGCCGCCGAGGCGCUGUCCUCGCUGCUGUGGCAGCCGUACGAGUGCCGCUCGCCGCCGCUCGCGCGCUCGCGCACCGAUGGAGCGCUGGCGGCCCUCGGCGGGGGGGCCGAGGCCUCCUGCGCGCCCCGGCCCCAGUCGCCGAACGGCGGUCGUCAUGCGCGCGCGUCGUCCCGCGCCCACACUCCCCGCCACGAGAUGCGGCUGCCCGUCCCGGCGCCCGCCCCGCUGCGCAAGUCGGACUCGGUCUCGGUGCGCGUCCCGGGCGAGCCGAGCCGACAGAACGUGUCCAGUGUGAACGUGAACAUAGUGCAGGUGCAGGAUACACCCAGUUGUAAUGUGAACAGUGCCGUGCAGACCGAGAGGGAGAGGAGUGUAGCGAGUGCUGAGUGUCAGACGGAGGAGCCGGCGCGGCGGCGGCGUGCGAGGCGGGCGAGGGCGCCGCGGGCUCCGGACCUGCUGGAGAGCGUGCCGCCGCCGCCCUACAGCACGCUGCCGCCGGCGCACCCCGUGCCCGUUCCCGUUCCCGUGCCGCCGCCCGCCGCGCUCAUCGCGCCGCACCCGCCGGCUCCGCGCUUCCCUUUCCAGCCCAUCCCCCUAAGAUCGGGCAGAGGAGCGGCGUACGCGUGUUCCGAGGGUGACGGUGGCGCCCCCAAGUCUUGCUGCGGACGCCCCCCGCUCAGGCUAUGUGUCCUCUUCCUUGGCGUAGUUGGCGCCUGCCUGGUUGCCGCUGGAGCGGUGCUUGGUGCCUUAAGGCCCCAUCCUAAGGCGCCCCUCACAUUACUAUUACUAAUGAUAGGAAUCGGCGUAGUGCUAGUGACAGCGGCAGGCCUAGCAUGGCGUCUGGGCGCCCGCGACGCGCCCUGCGCCUUAUUAGGGCUCCGCCGCGCGUCCUGCCGGCGCCUCGUGCCGCGCCUGCCGCCCAGCUACGCCAGGCCGCACCACCCUUAUGCGGCCAUGCUGUACCCGGAGUUCCAUUAUCGGCCACCGCCGCCCACGUACCAGGCGUCGAUGCAAGAGUAUAGACUCAGGUUACUUCUCCUCGACAGAAGUGCGCCCGCGGUGUCCCCACCUCCAACGUACAGAUCAAAUUCUGCCAGUCUAGUCAGAGGAUCGACAGGCGCAGCAUGGUGUGGGUCAGAAUACAGCGGGCCGCCGUCAUACCGCGCGCCGCGCAACGACCCGCCCGUCACUGUGACGGACGCCCUACCCACGCUAACUCCCCUCGACCUUAAGUACGCGGAGGACCCCCUGGAAUCACUCCCCAAGCCCACAGAACAAGAGAAAGACCCUGACGAGCACCUCGUCACCAUCGUUCACACAGACGCCCAACCAGUCAUCGUCACCGUCUCAGGGUCCGCAGCCCUCAACGAAACACACACGCAGCCGCCAUCAGAAAUCGACAUACUGGCGCACUUAUAACGAACUAUGUAGUGAAUAAGGCUUGUGAGAGCAACGAUUCGAACGAUGUGCACAGUUACUGUGUAGAUGGUCAAAGCAAAAAGUGAUGUAGUACAUACUCUAAUGAUACUAAGGCCCGUAUUAUAAAGCGACACCCAAGUUUGAAACUAUAGUAAAGAACAUCCUAUGAUUCGGUCGGAAAGUAUUGAAAUCUCAGACUUCAGCAUAAUAUGCUCGGAUUUUUGAGUGUCAUUUCAUAAUACAGGUUUUUUUGUAAAGCGUGGUCAGAAGGAGAAUGUGCUAAAGUGGAAUUUAAAUAGCAGUGAAAUUAGCAGAACAUUAAAACUUUCGACCGAUACCCAAAAGCACAACUUACGAAAGUAUUACAUAGAAUAGAAUUGUAUCGUUUUAUAAAUUAUGAUGAUAAAAUCGAAUCAAACACAAAUUGUCAGUCUCAAAAUAGGUUUCGCAGAAACAGAAAAUUACCGUAAUGCUUAGACGCGUUUCAGAAAUUCAUUUUCCCCAGUGAAAUUCUGUAACGCGAUAAUAUUACAAUAUCACUACGUUUAAAUGUCCACUAUUGUAUAUUUAAAUUCUACUAUUGUAAUCGUUUUCAAGUACCUUAUUUUAUUGUGUGUAAGUUUUGUGUAUAUAAAAAAGCACUGACGUAUAAUUUCGUUUGAUUAGUUGAUAAUAAAAAACAAACUACGUGCCGUGUAUAUACGAAUGUUACAAACGUUAGCAAUAAAUAAAUAUAUACGCGAAUUAUUAUUUAAAGCCAAAUCUCUCACCAUAAUGUACAAGUGCGAUUUUGUUUCAUAGUGCCAAUCGUUGUUUAAUUAUUCUAUACAUAAUGAAUGCCCUGGAAAAAUAUAUUUGUUGUGUUCAAUUAAUUUCUGUAUUUUUAACCUCGCGGUUCUACAUAUUUUACUGUCCGUUUCAUAGUUACCUACCUUCGCUUUUGGUAAUCUGUACCUUAAGUCCUAUUUCUCAAAGUAAUUUAUUCAGUUAACUAUACCUACUUGUAACAUACGAAGCCAUAAAUGGUAUUGUUAAUACAUGUUUUCUCCUUUUUUGUUACACGUUUACGUUUUAGCUUUAGCAAAACAUUAAGUUAUAUUUAAAUGGACUUGUAAAUAUACUGAUGUGGCACAUUGUAGGAGUUUUGUAGCUUCAUUUUUGAUAUAAAAAUACUUUCUGAGUUCUGAUUUAGAAGUUAGUUGAAAGUGGUUUUAUGUCAAUAUGCGGUUUCAAGGGAUUCGUAAAGAAUCACGGUCAUCAGUGAUUAGCAGUACGGUAUUUAUAAGUUUUUGUAACAUAUUACUGUUACUUACUGUUAAUAUAGGUUAUAUUUAAUGUAAUUAUCAUGAUGUACAUAACGUUAAAUGUAAUAUAAGAUGAAUAAAGAACAUUAGUGAAACCA